GAGGAAAUGGAGAGGUGCGGAAGUGAAAAAAAGAAAGAUGAGGAAGCGAGAAAUUGAGGUUGUCGGAUAGUUUCGGGGCCGCUUUCAUGCAGUGCGAAGUUAGGCGGUGCAUGAAUGACAGCACUAAAAGCGGUCCGAUAUGAUUAAUCCACUCCACUUCAAUCUUUCAGGAAGCUCAAGGGCAAUUGCUCUCCAUCUCAAGUGCAAGUGCCACAAGUUUACAGUGUUGAUAGAAACUCACUUUAUUCAUGGCAUGGCCGCAGGUGCAGAUCCGAGGGCCGACUCAACCGGUCCACCGGAAGGUACAACCCAUGUUGUAAAAAUAGCGAUAAGCUUCGUCUAGUCACCAAUUUCAAGCUUUGUCGAAGGAGGGGAAUCCGGCAACCUGCUGAGGGGUGACCGCAAUUAGAACACGUUUUGAAA